GGUAGAGACAGAUAUGGUGACGAAGAUGGAGACGGAUAUGAUGAUGAAGAUGGAGACAGAUAUGGCGAUAAAGAAGAAGAUGCAUAUGACAACGAAGAUGAAUAUGGUGACGAAGACGAAUAUGAUGACAAGGCACCAAUGGAGGCACCAACGAAAGCACUAACGAAAGCACCAACAGAAGCACCAAUGGAAGCACUAAUUAAAGUCAAAGCAAAACAUAUUGAUGUAAAUGAUUCAAACAAAGAUACCAAUGGAAAGUUGACAAUAUUAAUGAUGAUAAAAGUGUAG